AUGACGGAUUAUGAAAAGAAAGAGUCAUGGACAAAAAUUUACAGCAUUUCAAACCUGACAUCACUCGAUGAAUUUAGACGGUCAUUGCGAUUGAGAAGGAUCAGUUUCCAUUUUGUCGUACCAGAAUCCGAUGAUGAACCAGAAGCCAGAAAUACCAAAAAGAAGAACAAAUCUAAGAAAAAAAUUGUUUCUGAUGUUGAAGAUGAAAAAGGAGAAAGUGAUAGCGACCAAACAUUGCUAAAGAUGAAAAAGAAGGCAAAGAAGGAUGCUGAGAUAAGUUUGGAAGUCUCUGAAGAGCAAAAAGGAGAAACUGCUGGUGACCAGCAACAAAAGGAGACAAGAACCAAAGGAAAGCAUGACGCUGCAAAUAAGAAAAGAAAAGUCGCGGAUCCUGAAGCAAGCCCGUCAAGGAAGUCGCAGAGAUUAAAAGAUAAAGUGUCACCUCAAGUAUCACCUAGUUCACCUAGGCCUGAAAAAGCUACUAAAGGAAAAAAGAAAGCAAAGAAUGCUGCGCCAAAGGAAGUAUUGGGUGAUGAUACAGAUAAUAAGGAUGCCGAAGAUGUAAGGCAAGUUGUUGAUCAUCAGAAGAAAGGAAAAAGACAUGAACCCAAACAAUCGAAGACCUGA